AUGUGUGCCGCCGGCGGCCUGGGCUGGAGCUGCGGUUUUGCACGACCGCUUGGACGGGCAGCCAAUGCAACAGCUUGCCAGGGUUAUGGCACAAGAUGGGAGGCACGGGAUGCGGCCGUCUAUAUCCCCGCAAGGUGGCGGGCGCUGUAUCCAAAGGUGUCCAGGAGACACAGAGAAGGGGGUGGCCAAGCAAAGGCCGAGAUAAGGGCCUGUAAGCCUGCGCGAGUGACAAGACAGAGGGCAGCGAAUCAACAGGCACGGCCCGGACUCACAACACUCAAGUGA